AUAAGGGCAAUGGGUAUGCAGCUCUGCAGCUGCUCAAGGCAACUUUCCCUGCUUUACAGCCAAGAGUCUCGUUGUAAACGACGUGCUAUGUGAAACCUGCUCCGUUCUUCUGCCUGGAGUGGCGACCGCGCAGUCGGACGGACCCGUGGAUAAAAUGUCAGUCAACCUAACGUACGUUUACGAGCAGGUAUGCAGUGGUACGUGCACGUUCAAGGACAACGCGGACUCUCAGGGGAGGUUUUUGGAAGAAGAGAGCACAAGUGAGAUGUUUGAGGUGAUGGCUGAGCUUGAAUGUGGCAGUGGUGGAGGUUGGAGCAUCUCUCACGACCUGUCUGACCUCACAGGACCCUGCAACAUUGAGAGGAGGAACGUCGGGACACUAUCACAGCUGGAGUUUCUUGAAAAGUUCUCGGAGACUCGACCGGUGAUUCUGGAGGGUGUCCCUCCUCAAACGAGGUUCAAACGAGCCUCGACAAAGUGGAGACUGUUGGCAGACUACGGACCGGACCUGAUCACAGUGGCAACGGCCAACACACACUCCUACACCAAGACCCAGAUGACGCUAUGUGACUACGUAUCCCACCACGUGAGACCUCAGUCACCACACGCUCUCGGGAACGAAACUUUCUAUCAUUUCGGAGACAACGACCGAGAGAGAUGGUCUCCACUGUUCUCGCUCUACCAACUACCCCCCUACACCCUACCGGGGAUGGAACCAGUUUUGAGUUUCGGGUUGGCUGGCCCAGGGACCGGUGUCCCAUUCCACAUUCACGGCCCGACAUUUGCAGAGACGAUAUUCGGCCGUAAGCGGUGGUUCCUCUAUCCUCCCGAUGAGAGCCCUGAAUUUGAUCCUGACGAGUCAACCCUUCGCUGGGUGACCCACACUCUCCCCUCCCUCCCAGCCCACCUCACCCCGCUCCAGUGUACCCUCAGUCCUGGAGAGGUUUUGUAUUUCCCAGAACGCUGGUGGCACGCCACUCUAAAUGUAGACUCCACUGUCUUCAUGUCAACAUUUCUGGCA